AUGGAGUUUCUUCUCUCCGACAUACCCUUCGAUACUACUACUAAAUACCAUGUCACUAAAGCCUUCGAACGCGUCCUACACGGCCCUGACCUCUUCGACUCCACGGACGAAACGAAGUGGUUCAAAGGCAGACCACCGAACUUUCGUAUUGUCCUAAAUAAGCGUACCUCUGGCGGUAUAGGUCAUAAUGGUACUGGAAAGCUCAUCGUCCACAGCGAAGACUUUGGCAAGAGUUGUCAGCGGUGGUUCCGAACGGACGGAAAUUGUGUCCAGGUAGAUGGCUCGGACACGAAAAUACGGAUUUCUUUUGGUCGAACGAGGAAGUACGAUCCAACACUAGCCAAGACUAUCUACGUUGGGCCGGAGAAGCAGGAGUCUCACGAUAAAGUAUUGAGUCAGCUAUACAAAUACGGGAACCUGAGGGUCUCAGCAGUCCAGUUCGGGACCCUGGACCGACAGCCUAUGCCUCCCUUUGCCAACCGCGCAUUUGCCUUCGACCAUGAACAAAGAUUCAACGACGGCUCAAAGAAGGCUUGGCUUGGUAUUCACUAUGAGCAUAAAGAGAUACAGAUUUACGUGGGCAACUCGCAGACGGAGUUGAAAAAGGACACCAUUAUCAUAAAAUGGUCAAGCAUUCGUUCUAUGAGCAUGGGUAAUGACUCCGGUAAUGCUUACAUCGUCUUUAACCUUAUCACAUCAGCGAUCUUCGUAAGGGGCGGCUUUGACGGGCACUCUCAAACUCGCCGUAUACCUUGGCUGAACGACACGCACGAACAAGUGGCUCCUUACGCUCGUCAUCUUCGCCUGACGCUGCAAGAUUCUGACGACCCUUUCCAGUUCAUGGACAUGUGCACCAUCGCAGGUGUCGAGCCCCUACCUGUCUACUAUACGCCAGUAUCACCGGGCUGGUUGGAUUCCUACAAUACGCAGCUCGCCACCAGCGAACAACUGACGCGCAGGCUCGAGAAGAUCGAGAAGUGGUUGACUCGUAUGAACUGGGAUACGGCCUUUCAGGUCGAACUGCUCAUGCGCAACGGUCUCCUGUCGACAACCGAAGUUUGGGUAAACCUUCGCUCUCAUAUCGACAAUCUUUGCGCGGAGCAUGGCUCAGACGCUAGUGAGAUCCUGCGUCAGUUUUCCGUGGAAUUGAUUACUGGCGCAGCUUCGGGCUCGAAGACUUCACCAAAAGAUUUACUCGACAUGAUUUGCGGACGAAUGAAGGAUGAGAGAAUGCGGCUGCGAAAGAUGGAUCUUCCUGACAGCUAUUUCAUGUGUCACCAUAUUACGAUCACGCCAACGCGGAUGUUGUUGGAGGGGCCGUAUCCAACACAGAACAAUCGGGUCAUUCGAGGCUAUCAGGAGUACGAUUCAACGCUGGUUGGGAAUUUCGUUAGGGUGGACUUUCGUGACGAGGACAGAUUCCAGUACCGCUUCAACAGGGCCGUCGACGGAGGAUAUCUCCUCGAAAAGCGUGUUUUAGACUUCCUCAAACCCGGGUUUUCAUUGGGUGGAAGACAUUUUGAUUUCUUCGCAUAUUCCUCGUCUUCCCUUCGCGAUUCACACGCGCUUUGGGCCAUCCAUCCAUUCGAUGUACCCGUUGGUGCUAGUCCAACCAUCUUAUGUGGGCAUAUCACCGCAGACAUGAUACGCCACUCUCUUGGCAACUUCUCCACAGUGAUAAACCAGCCGUCAAAGCUUGCCGCGCGCGUUGGCCAGACAUGUUCCGCCACAACGCCUUCCGUAAGACUGAAAAGGGAACAAUGGGAUGACGAUAUGGUUGACUUAGGUGAAUCGCCGUACGAGCAUACAGACGGAGUGGGAACUAUCUCUUCGGAUCUGCGGGAUGAGAUUUGGGCGACUUUAUGCAGCAAGGGGUGGGAUAAGGAUAAGGAUCGCGCGAAACCUGAUGCGUUCCAGAUAAGAUUUCUAGGGUUCAAGGGCGUAGUAGUUGUCGAUUAUUGCUUGACGGGCAUCAGGAUGCGCCUUCGGCCCUCGAUGAAAAAGUUUGACGUAGAUGAAGAAGAGAAGAACAACGCGAGCUUCGAGAUAGUCCGAGCGUUCGACCGACCAAAUCGUUACUCCCUCAACAGGUCUACCAUCAUGGUCCUCGAAGACCGUGGUGUGCCCAUAGACACCUUCAUGAAACUUCAGGAGAAAGCAAAAGAGACCAUCUUCACUGCCGGAGACUCCAUCGCCAGCUUCGUCGCCUUCCUGCGUAUCAAUCGGCUCGGCAUUGGAUUCGAUCUUCCUCUUAUUCUUGAACGCCUUGCUGUCCUCAAGGAUAGCAGCCACAAAAAUGUCGUUAGAUCAUUCGAAAACCCGUUUUUGGAACGCGUGCUUCGGUUUGCGAUGAACAGUCGGUUGAGGGACCUCAAACAUAAGGCUCAGAUACCGGUUCCCGGAGGUUUCAAGCUGGUUGGUGUGGCGGACGAGGGCCAGGCGUACAUACAGGAAGGACUGGAUCCGAGUUCAGUGGCCACCCUGAAGGAGGGGGAAAUAUAUGCGUGCGUUCGGGAUGGCCAUAAGGCAGAACCGAAGUUCUUGAAGGGAGACUGCUUCAUUACAAGGAGCCCUGUCAAUGAUCCUGGUGACAUCCAACGAGUCCGCGCUAUCGGCAAGCCACCGGAAGACAAGGUCUGCUUCUUUAGGGGCCUGCAGAAUGUUGUCGUGUUACCCGCCGUGCCGGGCACUCGAUCGCUGGCUUCGUGUCUCGGAGGAGGUGAUGUCGAUGGGGACAUGUUCGACAUAGUCGGGUUUGAUUGUGACUCCAAUUUGCUUCCGACGUUGCACAAACCGCCCGCAGAGUACAAGUCCGUUGGAACAUAUACACUCGAUCACCCGGCUACUGAAGAUGACGUCUGGUCCUUCGUCGUCGAGUACAUCCAGUCCGAUGUCUUGGGCUUGCUCUCAGAGAGACUACUCACUAUCGCCGGUGAGACUCUUUCGUCAUCAGUCCACCGGCCUACUAACGGUACCGACGUUUCUCCAGAUCAAUCAGAAGAUGGCAUGAGCAAUCCUCUCUGCCUUGAACUCGCCAAACUCUGCUCGCAAGCAGUAGACUACCCGAAGAACGGCAUAGCCGUCGAAACUGACAGGAUCCCCUACCCACCGACGCGUUUCAGACCGAAUUGGGCGCGGGCGGAGGUAUCGGAUGAGAGAGAGGGCGAUUUCUACCAGUCCGAUCGCGCGCUUGGUCGCCUCUUCGAGAACGUUGAGCUUCUGCCUACCAAUGCUGCCUCCAACGCUCGCAGUGAUAGUACGCACCAAAGGUCGAGCGACGGCACUGCAGUCAACAUAGGUGACGACCCAAUCCAUACAACUCUUACGCCUUUCAUCCGCGACGUUCUAUCGGUCAUGGAGAACACUUCCGACUUCUAUCAUCACUGCACUGCGCCUUCCACACUGUUUGAGCGAUACGCCCGCGAACUACGUUACAUUCGCGUCACCCACUCGCUGACGGACUCCCCAACCGACAUUCUUGCCGAGGAAGAGGUCGUCGUCGGGGCUAUCCUGUCUAAUUGCGCCAAUAAGAGAUGGCGCAAGGACCGGACGUCCGGCAUGAAUUUGCAUGCGGGGAUGAUCGUCAAGAGCAUCCGGGAGGAGUUCAUCGCCAAUCCUCGUGGCGCAGAUGGGACGAACGUAAGGGCUGCUUUGAAGGCGGCCUGGGAGACGUACGAAUGGGCGUUGAUUCAGAGGGUACAAGACGGAGAGGGAAAUCCGUCCGCGGAAGGAAUCGAUAGUUUUCAAUGGGUUGUUUUGGGGGUCGUUUUGGACUGCCUGGGGGAGCUUCGACCUGGGCUCUUUGCUGUACACAAAGAACCUUAG